AUGGAGAGGUCCCAGCAGCUCGAAAUCUUCCAGAGAAACUUGAUGAAUCUUGUCUCUACAAGUGAAAUUGAAGACUACGAAGGCACCUCAGAAACUGCUUUGACAGCAGACGGCGGACGACCCUAUAACAUGUGGCGAUUAGCAAAUGGUACCACGGUUCCUGCGCAUGGGGCAUUACUCCCACCGGGAUAUCAGCCGCAUUCCGAUAUUGAACGGCCCUGGAUCUGCCCGAUUCGUUCAUGCCGAACCAUCUUCGAGCAUCUCCACAGCCUGGGAGGCCAUUUCAACUCAAAACAUAGAGCGGCAAGACUGAACGACAACGGAGACGGGACUUUCUCCGUGCUGGGCUUCCGUAUUGGACGAGGGAGACUUCCUGCUAUAGUGGUAUCGCAAAGACCACUUGAUCCCGAAGAGCAUUCCAUGGCUAGGCCAGCUCUUCCAUCUCAGCAGAAAGGACCUCAGGAUACUGUCGCAUCGAGUAAGAGGCCUGAAGCGGCACCGGGCACAACAGACCUCGAUCUCGCCAAGUCCACGAGUACCAGUACGAUCGAAAACAGUGCAGCUCUGGACGAAGUUGCCAUUUGGACCUGGAAAAACACGAUUCAUCCCUACCUCCAGGACACACCAGUCUCACCAAUUCCAGCUAGAGGCCAUGUCCAAGACUUGCUACCUCUCAAGAGGGUACGGGGAAUUAGCUUCAAUCCGCUCGGCCCAAAAUUCUUCGAAAGUCGACCUCAGGAUAUUAGCGCAUUAAUCAUUCAACUUACCGGCAAUAAGGCGAUUGUACCUUGUAAGCGGUGUCAGCAGGGUAAAGGGCCCUUUGCGGGUUGCUUCGUGAUAUCUCCUGAUGCUCCUCUUCAUGUCAGGCGUCUUGUCACAUCCUGCGCAAACUGCUUUUACAAGGGUAAUCAGACGUACUGCGGUGAACUCGCGAAAUGGCAUCGCAAGACAUAUCCUGAGCUCAAAGAGUCUGGGGUGCCCGCCACCGUUGGCGCGUCGCCACCGAGAAUGACGAGGUCGAACUCCGGUGGUGCAAAGCCUAUUGCGUCGGAUAACCACCCCCCAAGGACUAGGAAAAGCAGUAAUGUGUCAUCUGCGGCUUCGACUGCCGAAAAGGGAACUCCUUCCAAGAAUUCGAAGCCACCGAUAUUUGCAGAAACGCGCCAGCUUCGUGGGAAAAAGAGCCCGUCCGAAACUCAGUCUGGUGCGCAGGUCGCCAACACUACCCUGAGGAUAACUGCCAUCGAGCAGGAAAAAGAUCAAAGUCUUCAACUAUCCAUGGAGGACUGGGAAAUUGCCCCAGGUCGCAUUCGCAACGUGUCACUUGGCACCGUCGAGAACAUAGCAUUUUCAGCUGCGUACCUCGCGCAUGGGGAAGAAGUUUCAGUCGCACCCGACGUAGGCUUCCAUGUCCUAUCAAUUAAGCCGGGCGGCACACAUCGAUUCAAAGCAGCAGCUGAUCGAAUGCGCCUUUGCUCGAUCGCGAGAGGCAAAGUCAAAGUCAAGAUGCUAGAGGAACAGUUUGAAAUUGGUCCCAACGGCAUGUUUCAGGUCAAGUCUAACACGGCUUGCGUUGUGGAAAACCGCAUCUAUGGGGAUGCAACGCUGCACGUGUCUGUAAUGCCAGACGAGUUCAUGACUUGA